CGUAGAUGCCGCGACUAGCGACCCCGAUGCCAUGGAUCUGGAUGGGCCUAAGUACUCACUACCGUCCAUGGAAGAGACAUUCGGGAAUCCCCACGAUGGUAACGACAUGAGACCACAGAGGAGUCGGAAACGUUGCCGUUGCUGCACCAGCAGUUCUAUCAGUAGCGACCAGGACGAUUUAGAUCACAGCGAGUAGUACUCAGUCGAUGCAGAUGGGGACAUCAAGAUGGAAGACGCACCAUCAGACCGCACAACUCCCUCUCCCUCUAACAUCGUCCGGGUGCCCAUUCGUGCUCUCAGCAAUGCGUUCCUGCAGCAGUUCGUCCCGUACGACAACCCCGCCGUCUUCGACGUGCGCCCGACGCAUUGGCACCGUAGGCAUGAGGGCAUCUUCCUCUUCCGGUACACGGAUUUCCGGGGCUGGCCCGCCGUCCAACCUGCCGCGAACGAGUGGCGCAUCAGGAACUACUUCCAACCGCUAGUUAAUGAGGAAGAGAGGUGCAGCGCCGUAGACGGGCUCCUGCUCGAUGCUCGCUCCUGGUGCUGUUGGGCUCAAGGCUUCACGCACCUCGAGCCCGAGCUGAGGUGGGUACUGACGCUCAUCUUCGACCUCGUAAACGUCAUAGUCGCGAAGCAGAGAGCGUCCGUCAUGAGGACGCCGGUGACGCCAGGGGGCGGUGGAUUUAUGGAAGCGGACGAUCGACCGGAGAAGUUGUUCUGGGAGGGCCGGUAUUAUCUGCAUAACCUUAUAGCUGUGGUGAGAGAGAUGAAGGAGACGUUCGGUAUCACGAACCUGACAAUUCCGCGAUUACCUUGGUUGGACGGGAACUGAGUGGUUUCUCGGGAAUAGGUUUGCCUUUUUCUUCACUCCUUUUUCGCCUUCUUGUAGCGUUUAGUACCUGUUUGUUUAUUUGGUAUAGGUUGGGGAACAAGCGGGUUUGAAUUUCAAAUAUUGCCCUUCUUUCAUAUCUCAGUGA